UAAGCAGAACCGGGAUCGUUCGUCAAGGAAAGACUCUGAAACACGAGAGAGAAACCUUCUUCGACGGAGAAUGGCCUCAAUUGUCGGAAUCCGAACAAAAUUUCUGAGUUUCGGCAAGGUUCCACAAAUCUCGACUUCACUGUUAAGAAUCCACAAUCAUCGUAGCCUCUUCAUUCAGAAUCCUCCUCUUCUUACUCUUCCUCUGUUCUCUACCACUCUUCGUCUUCCUCGUCCCCUGCUUUGGCUUCGCUCAUCUCCCCCUGUGUGCUCCAUGACCACUCAGGCUGAAUCUGGGUCUCCCCACCAAUCCGAUUCUGCUAAAACGGUCAGGGUGGUGAUAAAGGGAAGAGUACAGGGAGUGUGCUACAGGAACUGGACUGUUGAGAAUGCAGAGCAGCUCGGGUUAAAGGGAUGGGUCAGGAACCGCAGGGAUGGUUCUGUGGAAGCACUCUUUUCUGGACCACCUGAAUCUGUUGAUGAGAUGCAUCAGAGGUGUCGUCGUGGCCCUCCUGCAGCCAUGGUAACUGGCUUGGAGGCUUUCCCUUCCACUGAAGAACCGGGAGCAGGUUUUGAAUACAGAUCAACCGUCUGAUUGAUUCUCUUGUAAGAGACAGAGAGAGAUUUAAGACACAGAGGCCAUGUAUCGUUUUGAUAUACGUCAUAUGUUUACAAUUUGAUAUUUGUUUAAACUUGUAAUACCAGCAAAUUCAGAGAGUAUGCACUUAAAAGAACAACGAGCCAUGUAAAAGGGGGCUUUGACUCGGCAGCCCCCAAACAAAAAUACUUGUUUGAGUUACUAUGACAGAUUCUGA